AGAUCUUAGAAAUGUUUCUGUCACUAGCAUGGAUUGUCAUGUUUUCCUCCAUCCAGCAAGGACACUGCUUUGCAAUUCGAGGAUGUGACGUUCACGGCCAACAAAACCCCAAACUUCUGUGCUACGGAAGAGGCUUAGAACAUGUGCCUGAUAAUCUUCCUCGAACAACAUCCAUGCUUGAUAUUUCUUCAAAUAGAAUUGAAGUUAUAAAGGCCACAGAUUUCAGCAAUGUCACUCAUCUGCAACAACUAAAUGCAUCAAACAACCACAUCCAAGUCGUUGAGAAGGGAAGUUUUCAGAUGUUAACUGCCCUUAAUGUACUGAACCUCAAUCAUAACAAUUUAAUGAUGCUAAAUAAUAAUAUUUUUGAAGGUUUACAAAACAUUAGCAUUCUGUUAUUGAACAAUAACAAUAUCACUUCUAUACUGCCAAUGGCUUUUUCUCCUAUAGAAAAUCUAAAGGUGCUGGAUCUGUCAGCUAACCCGCUUCAGACACUUGGAUCUCUACGCUUGAUUUUUCAGAUAAGUAGUUUGGAAGAGAUAAGAAUUGCAAACAUUAGUCUUGAAAACUUUCUAUCUUCUGAUAUUCAAAAUGUUUCAAUUUCACUCCAUACAAUUGACAUAUCCAUAAAUCCACUUGCUUCAGUCAUUUUUAAUUCUGAUGUCCUAACGGGACUUACUUCCUUAAAUAUCUCAUUUUCUGGCCCUUCUCUUACAUGGAAAAUUGAAGACUCAUGCUUCCUGAGGGGGUUAAAGAAGAUAAUCUUUAAUGGUGUAAGUUUAAGUCCACCAGCUAUAUUAGAGGUUAUCCAAACCCUUAACUGUAGUUCAUUGCAGGAAGUUAACCUGGAUCAUUUAAACCUAACUGACUCUGACAAUAUUAUCCAAGAACUAUGCAUGAAACACCCUAAAAUCCAAACCCUUUCCCUUCAGUAUAAUAAUUAUAGUGCAUUUCAGAUAAAUUCUUUUCAAAAAUGUUCUGGCUUAAAAUAUCUAGACAUAUCUUUCAAUCAGUUUCUGCAUGUUCCUGCAUCUGCCUUUGCCCAUCUAACUUCUCUUAAGCAGCUAACACUGGUCCGUAACAGAAUAACAGCUCUUCCCAGUGACUUAUCACAGAUGACCAGCUUGGAAAGAAUGAACCUGAGCUUCAAUCAUCUCACAGAAGUAUAUUUAAAUGACACAAAAUCAUUUGGCAAACUGAAAAAUCUAGAUCUAUCUGGAAACAAGAUUUCUGUUUUUCACUCCUCCGCACCUGUAAUGUGGAAACUAGAAGAUUUAAACUUGGGAUUAAACUAUCUCAUAGAUAUUUCUGAGUCAUUUGGAACAAAUCUCAGAAAGGUUAAGUCACUGAUCCUGAGAACAAAUAAGUUAAGUUAUCUGUCUGCAAAUACCUUUCAAAACCUAAUCAAUUUAACAUUUCUAAAUCUGAUAGACAAUCAGAUAAUAGAUAUAGAACCAGGAGCUUUCAAUGGUUCUGAAAACCUGUACACAUUACUGCUCGGAAGCAAUAAACUAACAACAGCCUCUUUUGAAAAAAAUACUUUCCAAGGACUUGAAUCUCUUGUUGAAUUACAACUUUUCAGCAAUGACAUAGAAUAUGAAUCCUCGGAAAAACUAACUGUGCCACCAUUCCAUUCUUUGAAAUCAUUAAAGAUUCUUACUCUUAACAGUCAGGGUCAUAAUGGAAUGAGGAAUGUGCCAGUCAACUUACUUGAAGGCUUGGUAUCUUUACACAAGGUUCUGUUAGGCAAUCUAGCCCUGACCACCAUUGACAAAAAUUUACUUUCAUACAUUCCUCAGUUAAAAGAAUUUGAUUUAGGCGAUAAUAAUAUACCAGUCCUGGAUUUAAACCUGUUAAAAUCAGUUCCUAAUUUGACUGAACUUCAUCUAAAAAAAAUGACUCUUACAUCACUUGACUUUUUGGUUGGCUUAAAUCUUUCCAAGUUAAAUAUUCUUCGAGCCUCAGGGAACCAAUUAAACUUUUUUAAUGAAACGCAUCAUAACGCGAUGCCUUCUCUUAAGUUCCUGGACUUGCGUGAUAACCCAAUGUUUUGCAACUGUGACAACAAUUGGUUUAUACAUUGGGUUCAAGAUGAUUUAAAAACCCAAGUACUUAAUUUUUAUGAGUACCAAUGUACUUAUCCCCCAUCUAACAAAGGACAAAGACUAUAUACCUUCAACACAGAUUACUGCAGGCCUAGUAAUGACUUGAUAUUAUUUCUAUCAACUUCUGUGUUCAUAAGCGUUUGGUUGUUGUCUUCGACAGUAUGGAAAUUCUGGAGAUGGCACGUUGUGUACUUUUAUUACAUUUUCCUUGGUUACUUACAUGAGAAGAAACACAAAAGGAAGAGCCAACAUUAUGAGUAUGAUGCCUUCAUUUCUUACAACUGUCAUGAUGAAGAAUGGGUUUUUAAUGAGCUUAUACCAAGCCUUGAAAAAACUUACCAACGGAAGCUCUGUCUUCAUCACCGAGACUUUGAACCAGGAAAAGCCAUUGUGGACAAUAUUAUAGAUAACAUUUAUUGCAGUCGCAAAACAAUUUGUGUGAUCAGUAGACACUAUUUGGAUAGUGAAUGGUGUUCGAAGGAAAUGCAGAUCGCCAGUUACCGUCUUUUUGAUGAACAUGCUGAUGUUUUGAUUUUACUGUUCUUGGAGCAGAUCUCCCAUCAUAGACUUUCUCUCUAUCAUCAGUUUAGAAGUGUGGUAAAAAAGAAGACAUAUCUUCUGUGGCCUAAGGACAUUAAUGCUACAGCCGUCUUCUGGCAUAUGGUAAACCAAGCUUUGACAGAGGAUGAGGUAUUAGAAGUGAAAAAUGCUGCAUAGGCUACAUAUAUUUAUGUACAAUCUAGGAGGCAGUUACCACCCCAGGCAACACUUUAGUAAUGUAAAGUGCUCUCCUCAUUAUUAUGUACAAAUAUAUA